GCGACUGUCGGGGUGCCGUCAGUUUUGGCUACGUCUGCGGCGGAGACAAAUGGCCACACAAACCUCAUUCCAGAUCCCGAAAUGAACGGCAAUGUUGAACAUGAGGAAGUGUUGACGUCCCUGAUGGCCAAACUGAAAACAACCAGUGCACAGAUCAAGGAGUGGUCAGCUACCAGUCGUAAACUACGUGCUGCCAUGGCAAAACUCUCUGAACCAGACGCGGUGGAUCCCAACAGACUGCAGAAAUGCCUGGACAAACUUAAAAUGGCAAUUAAAGUUUCAUCUUUAUCUGCAAUGACGGAAAGGCUUGAAACAAUGGCCCGACAGGUUGGGUUGAAAUUCACUGCAAAUCUUGGAGGUACUGACGUGUUCAUCAGUUCAGACACGUUCUAUGUGGAGGUACUACUUACCAACAAUGGGGGUGUCAAAGACGUCAAAGUUGUAUAUCACCGAGACCCAGUGUCUUGUCCAGAGAUGUGGGAAGUUCUGGAGAGGAACGACUUCAAGGAGUUUACUGAGCAUCUUAAGGGUCUGCUACAGCUCUAUCAAGCUGGCGGAGAUAGCGCUCAGAAAAUCAAGGCCUUUAACUGCUUGCAGGCGCUGGAGACGGAUCUCAUGACACUUUUCAAAAUGUACAGGACAGUGCAGCAGGCUAUGCUACAUAUAUCAAGAGGCCCCGUUGGGCUCUUAACACCACGAGUUGGUGGUUAUCCCACAAGGUUGACCUUUUUUGUGUCGCCCUACGACCUGCUUGACCUUGAGAAGAAACAGUCGACGGUGUUGAACAUGAAAGAACCUCUGCCCAAAGACCUUGGACUGUCCGUGAGUGUGGGAUUGGAGAAUUCACCCACUCGUAAACUUCAAACUGCUCCACUGAUUUCCAUACCAACAACAGCAGAGGGUAGAAUGGGGAGUCCACAAACUACUCCUAUGAAUCAACACAACAGUGUGGCCUUGCCGGCAUCUUUUGUCCUCAAACUCAACAAGGCAAUGGCGCUCUCUAUACAUAUCAUCAAGCAGCUACAGAGCCUACAUGGAGUUGUGAUGCAGUAUGUUGACGUGUCAUCGGCCGCUCCCCUGAACAGCCUAAUUGCUCGUUACAUCCUCGAUCCAACCCUGGGGCAGACCAUGGGAAAAGAUUCCAAACACACUGGAAACACCUUUUAUGUGAAUCUACCAGAUCAGGAGCACUGCUACUUCAUCAACGAGUGCACCUCGACCAAUGAUAUGCGCGGAGUUCUCGUCUCAAAGCUCAGCUUCACCAAUCCCAUGCACGUCAUUCAAAUGCUGUCGUUACUACGGCAGCAGGCAGUCUACAACACGCUCAUCGCGAGUUGCGUCCGAGCUGAAGAGGAAGGAGAUCCAUCAUCGGCCUUGUUGUUUGAGGUCACGCCAUUCACGCACCAGAAAUUGACUGUUACGUUCCAGCAUCCGGCCACUGAUGGCAUGGGAUGUGUUGAGAUGGAUCUGAGUGAAUCUGCUGGCGUGAAGUGCAAGCUUCACACACCCACUGGUGAAGAGCCAAUAUGCAGCGACAAUUACGCAACGCAAGUUUUGCAAAGAUGUUUGUCAAUCCCUGUCACAAUGCGCGCCAUCAUGAAGAAGGCUUCCAGUAUGAUUCAAACCCGGGUCCAGAAGCCCACACCUGCAGCGACCGUCACCAGCGAACCACCCAGCAGUACAAGUCUUGUACCUGGAAGCCUAGCCCAUCAGCUUCGAUCAACACUGACGAGUCAAAACACGCCUGGUAGUAUAAGACCUGUUGCCGGACAACAGCGGAGCAUACUCGGUGAUAUGAGAAGCUCUAUGGAGUCAAUCUUAGUGCAGCCUGGCUCUGCCCUUGAUAUUGCAGCCUUGCAAGCAGACAAUUCAAAAGUCGAACAAAACCCAAUGUUGGCAAGCUUGCUGCAGCAUGCAAAUAGUGUCGCUGCUGCCGCUAAUGCUACCGCUACGACGUGUCAUAAAGAACUACAGAGUCAGAUAUUAGCGACAGAUGCCGCUGCAGCAGCACAGACGGCAGCUGUCAAGUCCAAGAGAAACCCAAUGCUGAUGAAUCUGCUCCAAGAGCAAACCAAACAACCGGCUCAAAUAAUGGCAACCCCACUCUCGGCAUUAACACCAGCUCCACAAGCUCCCAUUCAGCAGCCCAGUCUCCCCUCUCCUAUUCCUGGGAAACCAGUCAAGAAGCGGCGUAGGAUCAAAUCUGCAAUGUCCACAGAGAAAUCUCCAAGAAGACAAUUUAGCGAGGAUGAAAGUUCACGUGAAUCCUCUUUUGAUUUUGAUGCAGGGCAUGUUGUACCUGAACGUUCGCCCUCACUCCACACUCCUAAGAUCCCAAGUGACUCCCAAGUCUUCUCUCAUUUUCCGAUGCCCACAGACCAAUCCAAGACAUUCCAACCAUCAGGAGCAAUGGAGCCCCCAAGAACAACUUCACAGACCGGUGAGCUUUCUGCACUCCUAGCAGACUUUGUUGAUACAUCUGGUAAAACCGGACGCCGGCAGAAGCGUUCAGACAGCACAAGUUCACAAUCUAGUCUGGGUGGACGACCAUCAAUGUCCCCAAAGACGCCUACCUCUUUGCCAAUGACGCCGACAUAUGGUGGUGGAAGUAGUGCGAAACCUGGCAUGCAAUCUCUCCAUACUCCUGAGCAUGUCAUGCAGGCAGUGACUGACGCACCUUUGCCUCAGAUCGGCAAAAUGAUGCCCCGCCAAGAGUCCCAACAGUCGGCAAGGGGCAACACUGAUGCAGAUGUCUUUGGCGCCCACAACACAGAGCUCUUUUCACCUGAAGAGUUUCUGGCGAUUUCUGCAGCAGAUGGUGAUCCUGCUGAGGGCAAUAACCAGCAGUAUAACAUCAGUGAGUCAUUAGAUUUCAAUACAGAUUCCAGCUUUGCAGAUGAUCUUAUUGAACCCCCUGCUGAUGUUGAUAUGGAGGCAUGUGAUGCUACAGCAUUUGGACUUUCAAGCGUAAAUUUAGCUAUUGCUCGUAUGGGUGUACAGACCACCAAGUCUCCAUCAGCAAGUGAGACUGGACCUGAUGGCAAGAUGAGGUCAGAGUUCAAGCUGUCCACAGCAGCCGCACUCAGUGCAUCGGCUGCGUCAGCUGGAUCUACCCCACCCUCGUCAGGACAAUCUGCAUUUCAGAACAUAAGUCCCAGCGUCGGGGGCAACCUUAUGCGGAUGGCAUCUACGGACACUGUUGGUCCGGGCAUGGCAUUAGAUUUAAGCAUGCCAAGUUUGUCCAAGAGCCUUGGUAGUGCAGAUUCCAUGGCAAUGCAUGCUGCUCUGAGAGAGAGAUCCAUGAGCUUACCGGAGAGACAUAGUAAAACAGUGCCUGGAAACCCACAGUCCAGUGGUCCCACCAAGAAGGUGAUUAGAACACCUCCUGUUUCAAAAGGGAAACCAAAGAACUUUGUAUCAGAAUCUGCUGGCACCCCGCCACCUGAGAGCCAGAGCAAACGAGUACCAAAGAAACGAGGCCCGAAGAAACGCUCACGUGAAGCUUGCGAUUCCCCUCCACCCAAACCAAAGGAAAAGAAAAAGACGACCAAGCGUCGUCGGAUUGAAACCGACAGUGACUCUUCUCCUGCAGAUGACGACGAGAGGGAGGACUUCUCUAGUGUAACGAUGAGCUCUGAAGCACCUCUAAAGAUGACAAUCAAGAUGAUUCGAGUCAAGCCUGAUCCAAAGCCUAAAGCAAAAGCCCCAAGUACCCCGAGAAUUAGAGUGAAACCUCUGACUCCAGUGUCAAGUUUCGAUGCGGGUCAAGUAGGUAUCGAAGGAUUAGGAAGCAGUGAGAUGGAUUUGAAGCCCCAAGUAAAGGCAGAUUACCCAGUAUUACCCCUAAAAAGUGAAUAUUCUAGUCCAACAAAGCAGGAAUACUCACAAAAGAAGGAUGUUGCGUUCAUGUCCAAAGUCGAUGCUCAUGCUCCUCCUAAGGCUGACCCAUACAAGAUGGAGUCUGCAUCUAUUAAAAGACAGAAUUUCAGCAAAUCAUCCACUGUUGCUUUAGCACAGUCUAAAGUGAGAAGUGACCUGAGCAAAAGUUUCACAUCCAAAAGUUUAUCGUCACAAAAACCAUCGGGAAUCCUCGUUAAAACUGGAAUUCCUGGAAAGGUGACACUGUCUUCAAAAACCAGUUCUCUAUCUCAGAUGAAGAUGGGAGGCAAGACUGACUCCCAUACUUCAUCAUCCGUGUUCAAGACAAAAGUCUCAUCUGAAGGUAUGAGGAGUUCCCUUCAGUCAACGACCAAGAAAAUCAAAGGAAUGGAUUCUCACACCAGGAUUCUCAAGAAGUCAAUGAGCACUGGUCAGAGGCCUGAAGGAAGGAAAGGAGAGAUGAAGAAGUCGCCACUGCUGAAAAGUUCAAAGCUCAGUCAAGGAUCGCCAAAGGGGAUUAUAAGGUCCACAAGCUCAACAUCUGCAAACUUGGGGAGUCAGUCAAGUUCCCUGAGUACGUCCAACAAACCUUCGCCACUUUCGAUUCCACCUGCAGCAAAAUCCUCUCCACCUACCUCUGAAGGACAUGGGAGCACAACUGGUGCAACGUCUGCUGGUGACACAGCACAAACUCCUACAACUCCAACCAGUGCAGGUCCAAAGGGUGUCAAGGUUUUACAAAAACCUAGAAAAAAUUCCCUGUCUGCGAUUGUUGGGAAGCUCCAGGAGAGGGCAGGAAUUUCUUCAAUUUUACCCGGUCCUCCAGGGUCAGGCCAGGAGGGUGAGAACCCUGGCUCAUCACCGGUGAAAGAGAAACCAUUGAAAGAAAAAGUGUGUUCUGUAAAACCUCAAGAUGGGGACAGUGGAAAGGCUGUGGUCUCUAAGCUUGUGAAGACUGACCACUCAGAAACAUUAGGCAGAGAAUCGCCAUCCGGUUCAAGCAAACUGCCAAAGACAAAGCCAUCUUCAUCACUGUCAAAACCGUCAACUCCCUUGUCUUCAAAACAUGGAUUGCCAUCAUCUGCCGCAGUAACAACUUCAUCUCUCUCUACUACAAAGCCAGUCAAUACCUCUGGCACGUCAAAGGUUUCUGCCUCACCAACAAAACAAUCAUCUUUAUCGUCAUCCCUUGGUCCGAGCCUGCAGCGAUCAUCAACACCACCAAGUAAGCCCACCUUGUCCCACAAAGUAUCACAGCAGGUUGUCCGUCCACCCAAAGUUUCAACCCCUCCGAUUCCUCUCAAGGGGACAACACAAGCUGCAAGAACACCUCCGCCAUCUGUUCAUUCCAUGCCCAAACCAAAUCCGCUGCUUUCGGCAACUAAGGCAGCAGCCACACCCAAACCAGUGUCUCCUUUGAAAUUUAGCCCUGCCACAUCUGGAGCUUUGGUGUCGUCUAUCUCAAAUCCAAGUAAGACACCUCCAAGACAGGUUCUCUCACCAAUCUCUCGGAAACCAAUCAUUUUAAGUCGGUCCUCCUCAACUUACUCAUCUCCUGAGAAAGGCAACUCUAAAGUAACCAUUGUUACUGUCAUGUCACCGAGGCUUGCAAGACAGGCAGAGGCACUCAAGAGUGGUGUGCCUGCAGAUAUAAAAACAGAUAAUUUCUCAGAAACGCAGGCUGUUUCUUCCCAAUCUAAAUCAGUAACUGCUCCUGUUGUUACCACAAAAGAAGGAAAGGCAGAACCAACAGCCACACCCUCUACCCAAGCUGUUUCUGAAAUUGAAAGUCUCCCAAAAGUUCCUAGCUCAGUCCAGCCUAAAAAGACGAGUACUCCUCAGGCAAAGCCGGUUCUAAAAUCAGAUGAAGGAGCUAAGAAUGUAUCUCUAAAACCAGGGACGAAUGUCAAAUCGCUGAGCGAAAGCAAAAGAGCAGACCCUGGACUGAAACAGAGCAAAAGUAGUAGUAGCACAAUGGCAACAACUCCCCAAAACAUCUCAAAAACUGACUCUUUGAAAUCCACAACAGAACCAAGGGGUAUCGUUGACAAACCCAAACCAGAACAGAAAACUGUAACUAAGACUAGUGUUAAGUCAGACGGAAACCCCAAGGAAAUGCCACAAAGCUCUUCAACGGAAAGUUUUUCUAAGGCUAAGGAAUUAUCAACUGGAGCACCUGGAACUGGAGUUUCUCAGCCCUCACAACCAGCAGAGAGACCUAUGAAAAAAGCUGCAGGGGAAACUAAAUUUGAAAGUAAAUCUGCAGAAAUGAAGUUUCCAGCACCUGCAUCGACCCCCAACAUUAAGGCGGAGACCAAGAAGCCAUCUAAAGAUCUAUCUAACCUAAAGAUGCUUUCCAAUCCCAAGCGCCAACCUAGUCCAAAACAUCAGCCAAGUCUUAAAGCACAACCCAAACCAAAGUUGCCAAGCCCCAACCGCCAACCCAGUCCGAAACACCAACAGAGUCCCAAACACCAGCCGAGUCCAAAGCACAUGCCGAGCCCAAAACAUCAACCUAGCCCAAAACACCAACCUAGUCCAAAACACCAGCCUAGUCCCAAGCAUCCGAUGAGCCCUAAACACCAUCCAAGCCCAAAGCGCCAACCAAGUCCUGUGCCUCAGGCUAGCCCAAAAGCUCCCGCACCCUCGCUUGAAGUUCACAAACCUCCGACACCAGUGCCACCUCCACCAGCGGAAGUUGAGUUCAAAGUUCCAAGUCCAGCCAUUGUCCCAAGCCCCAAACCACCAUCAAUAUCGGGUGUACCAAGCCCUAAAGCCCUUGGUAGUGGCAAGCCAAGCAGUCCACCUUUAGCAACAAGCCCUUACUCCCCAGGAGUACCUAGCCCUCUUGGUUGUGGGAGCCGUAUGAUGCCAAGUCCUGGAGGUGUACCAAGCACACAGGGCAUUAAGAGAGCUGCAACACCAGAUGACACCGGCCACCUAGCUAAACGUAGCCGAUCAGUCAGCCCUGUCUACAGCCACAGUGGGAGUGAAGACGAGCUGAUAAUUGACGACCCUAACGCCCCGAGGUUAAGUCAACCCAAGGGGGAGCCCUCCAUACCCAAAGAUCGCAGAGGAAGUCUUCCAGAGGAAGCAGCCAUCGCUUCGCCGUGUGCUGCUGUGUCACUUUCUCCUUGUGCCAAGUCUCCGUUGGUUAAAUCACCUCUUGGUGUAAGCAUCGGAAGUGGCUCUGAGCAUUCUCAGCUGAGUCCGUGCCUCAUUGAUGAUGACCUUAUGGAUGAAGCUCUCUUGUCAUCCAUUGGCAAAGAAGACUCUUAGAAGAAGAGCUUUAUAAAAUUAAUAUAUUGACAUGUACAUAUCUGUGCAUUGCUUUGCAUGUGCUAUUUUUUUUUUUUUAAAGGGUAUUUUUUAUUAGACUCUGUGUUGUUAAAUUGGACAUGUAUGUGUGCAAACUUAUUAUAAACAAAAUAAAUUGUUCCAAAAUGUGACACUAACUAUAAGUCAGUUUUUGUUGUAGCCAUAUUCUAAUAAUUUCGUUCAGAUAGAUUUUUUUUUAUCUCUUUAAGUGUUUAGGACGACGAUAAUAAGUGUAUAUUUUUUCUCAGCAAUUUGUUCUGGUGUGCUUCAAACUUGUUAUUAAUCCCAAAAGACAUAUCGGGAAUUUCUGUUGAAGGUUUCUCGCAACAAGGGACUGUGAAUAUGCUUCUGUUUUAAUAUACCAUUACUGGUCGGACGAAUCAUGGUCGAAGUGAUCUGUAUGUCAAAAAAACACAACAUUUUGCAAAUUGGUUUUUGCACAAAUUAUUAAUGUACUCGCAGCUCGUAUGCUCAGUUUUAGGCCACUAAUGGGGAUUAUACUUAUGAUCGAAAGGUCCAUGCGAUAGUUUAUGAAUUAAAAAAAAAAAAAA